AUGAGUGUAAGUUGAAAUUUGCGGACUGCAACGAGAAACUGCAUUUAUUUUAGGAGUCUCAGACGAAUCCACCAGACACAACUUUCCAGGACGUGCAAUUUGAUGCCCCAUUCGCCAUUGCCAAUCGAUGGGUAUGUUCCGGAAAAAUGAAAAUUUUAGCCGACAUACUAACAAGUAUAGUACCUCUACUGCAACGUUAAGAUUUACUCUUUUAAUCUCUUUACUUUCAGGCUAUUCAAUUGCCAGUUCAAGCCAUUCUCUUCCUGGUGUCAAUUUGGUUAUCUGUUCGACUCUUCUACUCCUACCGUAAUAUUAUGAGAUACCGAGCGAAAAUCCGUCAAGCUUAUAAGCCACCACUUUUGGAAGACGAAUAUUUCACCGAUGAUCCGCUGCCUGAACCAGUCCUGGCUCCUGUGAAAGCACCAAAACUCCCCAAAGAAGAGGAAAAGAAAGAAGUUAAGCAAGAGAAGAAAGAUGAAAAAAUGAAAAAGAAGUAA